AUGAAUGUGUCUGGAAAUACAAAUGUUACUAAACAAGAUAGUACGGAGAGCCCAUUUCAAUUUAUUUCCAGAGAUAUAUCAUUCAUACUAUUAAUAACCUUCGAUAUUCCAUCUAUUCUCAUGCAUCUUAUCGUAUUUAUUCUUAUUUUUUUCAAUAAAGCUCUUCGUUCGGCACCAAAUAAUUAUGUUAUUUUAUUUACAUUAUGUCAUUCCUUUAUCAUCACCGCUUUUAUGAUUCCAACAGUAAUAGAUUCACACAGAUUAAAACCAACUAUUCAUUGGACUCUUGCAUCGUGUAAAAUUAGAUCAUUUAUUGAGACUUUAUCUUCUAAUAUGAUGAAUCUUUUAGUUGCAUGGGCAUCAUUUGAACGACAUCUUCUCAUUUUUCAUUUUAAUCUAUUAACUAUAAAAUGGAAAAAGCUUUGUUUCCAUUAUAUGCCUCCGAUUCUUAUCACCAUUUAUCUUUCGAUAUUUUAUAUUUAUUCCAGCUUUUUCUUUCCAUGUGAACAUCAAGUGGAUUUUGUCAAUAACAUAUGUUAUUAUGGUUGUCAAUCAAGGGAUCCAGUAUUGGGUAUGUGGCAAACAAGUAUUCAUAUCUUAUCUCCAACGAUAUGUGUAUUGAUAUGUAAUGGUGCCCUUUUAUUUCGAGUUUAUCGAUCAAAAGCUCGUCUUCGUCGAUCAAUAGAUUGGGGAAAAUAUCGAUUAAUGAUCUUUCAACUUGUUUCUAUCUCAUGUCUCUAUCUUUUAUUUAAUUUACCAUUUGCGAUUGUCUAUCUUUGGGUUAUAGUAGCUCCGGCACCUUCCAUAAUCACGUUAUUGCAACGGGUUGGUUUUCUCACAUAUUUUAUUUGGUUAUUAUUUCCUUUUGUGUGUUUAUGUUCAAUACCACAAUUGGAAUCGAAAAUGAAGAAAAUUCUACAUUGUCAAAUAGUACCUGUUAGUAGGGAAAUGCAACCAAGAGCGAUUCGCCUUGUGAAGAUUCAAGCGCAGUAA